UUACUAGCUCUAGUUCUAUCACUUCACAGUUCAUACUAGUUUUGGUUUUUAUAGAUUUAUUUCUGUUUUAUUUUCCUUCGGAUUCACUCGAUUCAUUUAUAAACACAACAAACUCUUCAAGUAUGAUGACCUCAUACCGUACCAUACUAUGAUCACAAUGUUUUGUCGAGUAGUAGUGGCAAAAGUGAAUUAAAUGGGUUUAUAUAUGUGACACAAACCUUCGCCAAUAUCAGAAAAAUAUCUUCAAGUUAUGACUUCAUCUCUGAAAAAUUUAGGUUCUUCAGAAGAUUAUGGAAUUUACCAUAAACGCGUUGAUACGAAAAAUUCUUUUAGCGUUUUACAAACGCCCGAUAAUAGUGAUAAAGAUAGUCCAGUGGAUUCAGAAAAAAUAGAAGUAAGUGAAAUAGAUGAGAAUACCACAAACACUUCGAAACAAAAUUUAAGAAAGAAGAGGAAGUGUAGGAAGAGAAGAAAAAGGAAAAAUAAACUCAAGAAAAAGAUUGACAAUGUAUUUUAUUCAACGGAAACAAAACAAGAUGCAAUCAACGAUGAACGAACUUCGGUUGUUCCAAUCGAGACAACUUCUCAAAGUGAAAGAAGAGCAAAUGAACAAGGAUUGAAUGUUGAUGACUGUAAAUUCGACAACACUGUUAAUCCCAUUUCCCAAAAUGAAAUUGACUUCGAAAAUGAGAUAGAUCAGUUACAGUUAGAAGAGCAAAAUGAAAACCUGAACUUCUUUCCAUGGUCAGAGAAUAACUGUGAAUCUCCCGAGGUUCCAUUUGCUGGGGAAGUUGAAGACUAUAAUAAUGUGACAUCCGAAAAUACCAAAAAUGUUUAUUAUGAACGGAUAAUAGAUGACGUUGAGUCGGCAGAAAAUUCUCAAGAAAUGAGUGAAGUUAACGACAUUUCUAACUUGAUAUCUUCCCAACGAAGACAAGUCGAUGUUGAAGAAAUUGAAAAUAUUUAUAGACUAUGGAAGAAUAUCAACCCGUCACUUAAUGAUCUAUUCAAAUGUUUGUGUGUUGGAUUAGUUACCUGUUUAUUUCUGUACGGAGCAUACAAAAUGCUGAGCUAAGAAAAAUUUUAAAAAUUUAGCCUGCUCAAGUCGAGAAUAGGUACUUUUGUUAGUUAUUCUAAGACGACAAUUAUUGAUUUCUAUGAGCUGACGUUGAUUUUUAGCUAUAAAUUUUGUUUAUUACUGUCAUACUAUCAUGAACUGACCUGAAAUUUUAACCUCAAUUUUUCAAUAAAAGGUUGCAAGUUUGA